CCCACAAGGCUCCUUUUCCUUUUUGAUCCAUUCAAAAAUUACUCAGUGCAAAUUCCCGGACUGCUGGGAGCGGAGAAGGAGAGGGGCGGAGGAGAGAGGGCUGCUGCGGGCGCCGUGCAGGGGGCACCCGGGCCCCGAGGGGCUGACGGCCGGUCGGGGAGAAGCCGCUUGCGGCGGGCCGUUCUGGCUCCGGUGGCCUCACCAGGAAGCGUCAGUCUCGACACCGGGGAAGCUCCGAGCGCCGCCGCCGCCUCCCUCCCGGCACCGGGUCCCCGAGCCCCCGCCCCGGCUCCGGGCCAGUCCUCCGCCCUCCGGGACCCUCCGGCUUGGGCGCCUUCCCGGGCGAUGGCUGGCCGCUGAGCAUGGCUCAGUACGGCCACCCCAGCCCGCUCGGCAUGGCUGCGAGAGAGGAGCUGUACAGCAAAGUCACCCCGCGGAGGAACCGCCAGCAGCGCCCCGGCACCAUCAAGCAUGGAUCGGCGCUGGACGUGCUCCUGUCCAUGGGGUUCCCCAGAGCCCGCGCACAAAAAGCCUUGGCAUCCACAGGAGGAAGAAGUGUUCAGGCAGCAUGUGACUGGUUGUUCUCCCACGUCGGUGACCCCUUCCUGGAUGACCCCCUGCCCCGGGAGUACGUCCUCUACCUCCGCCCCACCGGCCCCUUAGCGCAGAAGCUUUCCGACUUCUGGCAGCAGUCGAAACAGAUCUGCGGCAAGAACAAGGCGCACAACAUCUUCCCUCACAUCACCCUCUGCCAGUUCUUCAUGUGUGAGGACAGCAAGGUGGACGCCUUGGGGGAAGCCCUGCAGACCACCGUCAGUCGCUGGAAAUGUAAGUUCUCAGCCCCGCUGCCCCUGGAGCUCUAUACCUCCUCCAACUUCAUCGGCCUCUUCGUGAAGGAAGACAGCGCAGAGGUCCUCAAGAAGUUUGCCGCCGACUUUGCUGCGGAGGCUGCCUCCAAAACCGAAGUGCACGUGGAGCCUCAUAAGAAGCAGCUGCACGUGACCCUGGCUUACCACUUCCAAGCCAGCCAGCUGCCCACCCUAGAGAAACUCGCCCAGAACAUUGAUGUCAAACUCGGGUGCGACUGGGUGGCGACCAUAUUCUCCCGGGAUAUCCGAUUUGCUAACCACGAGACGUUACAGGUGAUCUACCCCUACACCCCGCAGAACGACGAUGAGCUGGAGCUGGUCCCUGGGGACUUCAUCUUCAUGUCGCCCAUGGAGCAGACCAGCACCAGCGAGGGCUGGAUCUACGGCACGUCCCUAACCACAGGCUGCUCCGGACUCCUGCCUGAGAACUACAUCACCAAGGCUGACGAGUGCAGCACCUGGAUAUUUCAUGGUUCUUACUCGAUCUUAAAUACAUCAUCUUCCAAUGCGCUCUCAUUUGGGGAUGGCAUCCUGGAGAGGCGGCAGUAUGAGGACCAGGGCCUGGGGGAUACGACGCCCCUGACCGUCAUCUGCCAGCCCACCCAGCCUCUGAGGAUCAGCGGCCAGCCUGGCCCUCAGAAGAGAUGCCUCUUUGUGUGUCGGCACGGUGAGAGGAUGGAUGUUGUUUUUGGGAAGUACUGGCUAUCCCAGUGCUUCGACGCCAAAGGUCGCUACGUACGCACUAACCUGAACAUGCCUCAUAGCUUACCUCAGCGGAGUGGCGGUUUCCGAGAUUACGAGAAAGAUGCUCCAAUCACCGUGUUCGGAUGUAUGCAAGCCAGACUCGUGGGUGAAGCCUUAUUAGAGAGUAACACCAUCAUUGACCACGUCUACUGCUCCCCGUCCCUGCGCUGUGUGCAGACUGCGUACAACAUCUUGAAAGGUUUACAACAAGAAAAUCACUUGAAGAUCCGCGUAGAGCCUGGUUUAUUUGAGUGGACAAAAUGGGUUGCUGGGAACACACUACCUGCGUGGAUACCUCCAUCAGAGUUAGCUGCAGCCAACCUGAGUGUUGAUACAACCUACAGACCUCACAUUCCAGUCAGCAAAUUAGUGAUUUCAGAAUCCUAUGACACCUAUAUCAGUAGAAGUUUCCAAGUAACAAAGGAAAUAAUAAGUGAAUGUAAAAGUAAAGGAAAUAACAUCCUGAUUGUGGCCCACGCAUCUUCCCUUGAAGCGUGUACCUGCCAGCUUCAGGGCCUGUCACCUCAGAACUCCAAGGACUUUGUACAAAUGGUCCGAAAGAUCCCCUACUUGGGGUUUUGUUCCUGUGAAGAAUUAGGAGAAACUGGAAUCUGGCAACUGACAGACCCACCAAUCCUCCCUCUUACCCAUGGACCAACUGGGGGCUUCAACUGGAGAGAGACCCUGCUGCAAGAAUAACCGCACGAGCGGACAAGAAGACGUGAGGAAGGCUUUGGGAGAGUGUCUUUUUGUGUACUUAGUAACAGUGGGAAAGGCUGCACCACAUCCUAAGUGGACAGCUCAGAAUAAUUUAGCAUAUUUCCUUUCAGGCUUUAAUGUUCUUAGGAUGAGACCAUGUCAAGGAGAGAAAGACUUGAUUCAGGGAAAAAAAAUUCAUUCUCCCUGGACUCUUGCCUCGCUAACAAGGCUUUCAAGAAUUGUCUUCCUAUACAGGGGCACCUGCUACAGCAGAGGAUGUUUCUUCCCUUCCAUCUGUGCUAAGGAGCCUGGGUCCUCCCAAAGAGAGCUGCCAGCCCACUCUGAGGAAAGAUGCAGGAGAAUCCAGCUGGAGGGACACCAAGCUGCCAGUCCAGUGAUGGGCUUUUCUUUUCUUUUUAACUCCAUGUUCCAGUUAAAACCAAGCUGCAGAAUUCUUUUAAGGUGAUUAGAAAACAUGCGGCCUCCCAUCAAUUUCUACCCUCAGUAUGACCCACACACACACUAGUGCUGCUGGCUCAGGCCAUCUGCCGGACGACUCUAACCUUCACCUUGGUACCACCACAUCACAUUUUCUCUAGAGAAAAGCUGACUACAGCUUUGUGCUACUGUCCUACCCCCCUUGCUUCUAUCUAUCUGUGAAAUGGGGAGACAGCAUUUUUACUCUCCAAAAGCACUUUUGGAUAGUCAGGAGGAAGAUAAGAUAAACGUGUGAAGUAUUCAAUUGUAGGAGCAACGAACUUGCCAAAUAUAUCAAAGGAGUUCCUCGUGUCACAGCCUAACGAGCCACAGGACUUCUGAAUCACGGUGAUUCGCUCGUCUUCGCCCCGAGAGUCUAGACCAUGUUAACUGGUUAAGGAUGUUGACAUUUUCAGAUGUAUGUGAAAUACAUUCUUGGAGUCAGCAAGAAGCUCAUUCUUGUGCAAUAUGGACGUCGUUACAAACCAUACCAAGGGUCAGGUCAUUGUACGCUUACAGUACAUGUCAACCAUAACAGAACACCCACAAAUGCAUCCGUUACAUCCAGAGAUGUAUUAUGAAGUCAGGGAACUAACUUAAAUGAUGACAGUCACGACUGCACUGCUGCUUGUGCUGUCGUUUUUAUUUGUUUGUUUGUUUUGCUAUGGUAAUUUAAAAGAGGUAGGUAGGGCUACUUAAGGAAAGUUGGGAGAGCCACAUCCUGUGGUAUCUCGUCACCCUUGCUUCCUGAAUUUAGAGGGAGUUUAUUUAAAAGAAAAACAAAUGACAGUCAAACGAAAACAGGUAUCAAUGUCUAGUUAAUUGUGUGACUAGCUGACUGUUGACGGCAGCAGACAAUGGUCUGGCAUGGUAUAGUUCACUCUAGAAUAUAUGUGCAAAAUGAAAUCUCAGCCAUUUAAAGAGAACAUUCAUGUAAAACAAAUCAGUAUACAUUGUAGCAUUAAACAAGCUUCAGAACCCAAAGGAGAAAACAUAUGGGAUAUAAAAAUAAAUCUAUGCUCCUAUUUGAAACUAGAAUUUGAUGAUCCUUGAAAAGAAGAGGAAGUGAAAGGAUGCUGGCUAUGUAUGUUAAUCUGCAAGAGGAUUAUUGUGGAGUUUUUUUUUUAAGUCACUUAGAGAAAUAUGUCAUGAAUUUUAUAUUUUAAGAAACAAAUCUUGAUUUCUUCCAGCAUUGCACAAACACUGAUCCAGCUUCUGGGUCUAGAAAUAACUCUGUGCUGACAUGAUUGAUUAAUAUAAAAGUUUUCAUCUUAAACUGGGGGAAAUACUCAUAUUAAAGGUUUUAAGAGAAACGUCACAGUAUGGCCAGUGCAGUGUCACUGCCAGUCAUUCUUUUAUCUGUAAUUAGGUGAAUCCACUGUAAUCAGAUCUAUAAUGCUUAUUAGAUUCUCCACAAAUUUUCAUGGACUUUCAAUGCUCAGAAUAAUGCGCGAACAUCUCAUAUUCGAUUUCCUUGAAAAUUGUAGCAGUGUGUUCUGGACAGGGUCUGUACUUGUAUAGAACAAAGUUCAGAACAGGUUAUCCCUCUCUCCUUCUCCAUGAUCUUAAGCCUUUGAUGACCUGAUAGAUUGGUUUAGCUGGGCUACGGUCCAGUGUCCUUAGUCCAAUAGGGACAAAGCCUUAGGCCAUCAUCUGUGUGAGCAAAGGAAGGCAAAGAUCUGAAAUAAUCUUCUGAAUAAUUUAGGGUGGAAAACCUUGAGUCAAAGAGUUUAUUCCUCUGCUUUAUCCAGAUUGUUGAUCAAAAUGGCCUGAAUGAUCUGAAUUCUCAUGAAAUUCUCUUUUCACAUUUACCUAAUUAAAAAACUAAACUUGGACUCCAGUUGAGAAAUUCUUUGGAAACUGUGUUGAAUCUAUGUGUAAUAAAAGGAAGAGACAACUGUAUUACAUGAUUUCAUAUCCAUUUAAAGAUUCUAAAUUGCUAUUACAACUCGAAGUUCGGGCUGGUUUCUUUUGAACUGAGGCUGCUGCUUGUUAAAUGUUUUGGGGGGCUAGGAGAAAGAAGGAAAGUAGAAGGGAGGGAGAGGGGGAAGGAAGCAAGGGAGAAAGGAAGGAAAUGCCAGAUUGGAAGAAGCAAAUGGUUUCCUGUAGAGAGGAAAUUUUUUUUUUUAAUGUUGAAAGUUAUCUGAAAUAAACUGAGAUAAAAUUAACUAAAGGAUUUAAUCUGGGAUUGAAAGUCCAAAACAGUCUGCUGCCUGCACAAGUGUGCCACGUCAACCCGCUAAUGGCUCAGUAUUAUUCACAGAUAGACUUUGGUUUCAGUGAUUUUAAAAUGCCACGUCUAUUCCUUUGUGGACUAGAAUAAUUGGCACAUUUUAAUGCACAAGCUGGGGGUUUCAUUUUCCCAGGCUCCCUCUCCAUCACUGCAAUGGUAGCUGGGAGCUUAUUGCUUCACCCCAGCAAGGAGUUCAGAAUACAGUGUUUUCCAUUACAUUUAGAUUCAUAGAAUCUGAAUGGCUGAUUAAAUGGCCAUCUGAUGGCUGAAAGAGGGGGGUAUUUUUCACCCUGUAUUGAAAGGCUUGGGGGAGUCUCUAGUUUUUAUUUUAAUUAUACUUUAACCAAAGAAUUCUUUUAAAGUAACCUUAUAUUUGAAAGACAAUUUUGCAAAAAAUGAAAAUAAUAAAAAAUAAAAAAUA